CACAUGUAGAAGUACAUGAAGAGGAUAUGAUUUUUUAUGUUUUGAAGAAGGAGAUGCCCAUUUUUGAUUCUACUAUCUUCAAGAACUACUGCUCGCAUGAACUAGAAAAAGAAAGAUGUCCUCUAGCGCUUCAGGCUCGGAAACCUCUGGCGGGUCGUCGUCUUCCGACGACCGAAGGGAACGCAAGAAGAAGCUGAGCAAGGCCGAUAAGAAGAAACGACCUUCGGCCAGGGAAUCAGAGUCCCAAGAUGAAGAGAGCGACACCGGCCAUCACAUCAGCGACAGGAAAAGUAAGAAAGCCGAUUGCAAAGAUCGAAGCAAAGGAAGGAAGCGUCAGAAGUCUAAAAAAGCUUCACGUGAUGGACGCGGUGAAUCUUCCAAGAAGAAAAAGAAGAAGGAAAAGAAGAAACGGAAACAACGACCCUCUGCUUCCUCAGAUGAUGGUGGGAGAAUCGACUCUGGAGAUGAAGACUUUCAACAACAGGGAGAAGAGAAGCACGACAGAACAGAGAAGACCGCUUGUUCUUCUAAGAUGAUCGAGGACAAGCACUUACGCAAGGCAGUAGAAAAGGGCGAUUUGUUCAAAUUGCACGAACGGGUUUUGAUACUGAAAGCGAGAGCUUCUAAGGCCUUAAAGACAAAGACUGAUACCGCUCCGAAGUCAUGUGAAGGUUUCGACGAUAUGCACCUGUGGCGUGCCGUGAUCGAGCAUGAAGAGCUCUCUUUCGCCUCACAAGCGUUGCAAGCUUUGUUAGCCGCCUGUGAAAGCUUGGCUGAUGGAAAGGUGCUGAAAAGAAUACUUGCUUCUUCAGCAGCCUCGUCUACAACAUCUUCUAGCACCUCUCUCCUCGAACUCGCAUGUUCCCUCUAUCGUGGAUCCUUAGCCAGUCUACUAGAAGACUGCGGUGCAGACCGAGAUUUACUACCUCCACAUCUGAGAGCGC